AUGCUUCCCCGUCGUCGAUAUGUUGGUGUAUCAGAGCGGCCGAUCCCUGUUGCAGAAGUAGAACCAUACAAUAAACUAGAUAAGAAGGGAACACACUUUCCUUCACAAUCGCCAAGUACUCAUUUCGAGAAAAAAUCCACUGUCGGUUUAAGCGGUCAAAGUUUUGAUUUUGAUUUACUAGAAGAGUUUGUAUUUGAACCUGUAAUGGCUGCCAGGGAUAGAACACAAGAAUUUUCAGCUGCUGUUCGUAGCCUUCAAGGUCGAACUUUAGCUAGACCGAUUGUUAAAGAUGACCGUAAAGCGGCUGUCCUUGCCACCUAUUCACAGUUCAUGAGUAUGGCUAAGGUGAUAAGCAAAAAUAUUACUAGCACAUAUGCUAAAUUGGAGAAACUAGCUCUGCUUGCAAAGAAAAAGUCACUAUUUGAUGACCGGCCAACAGAGAUACAAGAAUUAACUUAUAUAAUCAAGGGAGACCUCAACUCUCUCAAUCAACAGAUUGCUCGCCUGGGUGAAAUGCCAAGGGGUCGCAAAAGCAUGCAUAGCCACUCCUCAAGUGUUGUCUUAGCUCUACAAUCCCGUCUUGCAUCAAUGAGCAAUCAGUUUAAACAGGUGUUGGAAGUCAGAUCAGAGAAUUUGAAACUUCAAAAUAGCAGACGAGAGCAGUUUUCAAGCUCAGCACCUAUUGUCAAGGAGGUGCCAUCACUCCUACGUGCAGAUGAUGUCAGCAUUGAUCUUGGGGAAGCUCCAUUACAAGCCCAACAGAUGGCAAUGAGAGAUGACAGUGACACUUAUGUGCAACAACGAGCGGAGACAAUGCACAACAUAGAAAGUACUAUUGUGGAAUUAGGAGGAAUAUUCCAGCAGUUGGCACAUAUGGUGAAAGAACAGGAUGAAGCAAUCGGGAGAAUCGACACAAAUAUUGCAGAAGCAGAAAUGAAUGUGGAAGCUGGGCACAGGGAAAUAAUGAAAUAUUUCCAAAGUGUUACUGGUAAUCGAGCAUUGAUGUUUAAAGUAUUUGGUGUGUUGAUAUUUUUCUUUAUUUUCUUUGUGGUAUUUAUGGCUUAA